UUUCCCCUGAUCUUGUGUUGUUGCUGCGUCAAAUGAUGCGCCUCGGCGCCCUAGCUAUAAAAGCACCUGUCUUGGCCAGACAUCAUUCGCAUCUCACUUUUCUCUCUGUCACGCACUUUCACCCUCACGCACACCUAAACUCCACACUGUCCCUCAGACGGGUUCCACCAGCGCAAGAACAACCAUGAGUUUCUCCAGCGAUGUUUACAGCAGCAGCUCCUAUCGGAGGCUCUUCGGAGAGGCUCCCCGGUCCGGACGCGUGGCUCUGGGCAGCAGCGGCGGGAGCAGCCCGUCCCGUCUGCACUCCGCAGGGUACCGCAGCGGGCCCCGCACCUACGGCUCCCCCUCCAUGAUCUCCUCCUCCACCUACAGGAGGACAGCGGCACCCGGCCGCGUCUUCUCCUCCAUCCCAGACCCCUCCAUGGACCUGACCCAGUCCACCGCCGUCACCAACGAGCUCAAGAUCAUCCGCACCAACGAGAAGGAGCAGCUCCAGGGCCUCAACGACCGCUUCGUGUCCUUCAUCGAGAAGGUUCACAACCUGGAGCAGCACAACAAAGUCCUGGAAGCUGAGGUGACGCUGCUGCGGCAGCGCCACAGCGAGCCGUCGCGCCUGCACGAGCUGUACGAGCAGGAGAUCCGCGAGCUGCGGGCGCGCGUGGAAGAGCUGACGCACGAGAAGAGCCAGAUGCACCUGGACUGCGUGCAGAUGAACGACACGCUGGAGCGAGUGAGGGAGAAGCUGGAGGAGGAGACCAGGCUGCGGGAAGAGGCGGAGAACGCUCUCAAGGGCUACCGGAAAGACGUGGACGACGCCACCCUGGCGCGCCUGGAGCUGGAAAAGAAAGUGGAGUCUCUGCUGGAUGAGAUCGCUUUCCUCAGGAAAGUUCAUGAAGAGGAGCUGCAGGAGCUGCAGACGUCGCUGCAGGCCACGCAGGUAUCAGUGGAGAUGGACUUAAGCAAACCUGACCUGGCCGCAGCCCUGAAGGACAUCCGGGCCCAGUAUGAGAACCUGUCUGCCAGAAACCAGGCCCAGGCAGAGGACUGGUACCGCUCCAAGUUCGUCACUGUUACUGAGGCUGCUGCCCGCAACCAGGAUGCCAUCAAGCACUCGAAGGAGGAACUGAGCGAGUACCGCCGGCAGGUGCAGGCCCGCACGCUGGAGAUCGAAGCCCUCAGGGGCCACAACGAGGCCUUGGAAAGGCAGAUUGCUGAGAUGGAGGAACGUCACAACAAUGAGACUGGAGACAUGCAAGACACCAUUCAGCAGCUGGAGGCCGCCCUGCGCAGCACCAAAGGGGAGAUGUCCCGUCACCUGCGUGAAUAUCAAGAUCUGCUCAACGUCAAGAUGGCUCUGGACAUUGAAAUUGCUGCCUACAGGAAGCUGCUGGAAGGAGAGGAAUGUCGCCUCAGCUCUAUUGGUAGCGCCAUGGUCCAGUCUGGCUACCCGGGAUUCUCCUAUAUGUCACCCCGCACCUACUCCCUGGGAGCUUACAGGAAGGCCAAGCCCGAAGAAGAGGAGGAGGAGGCAGAGGAGGAGAAGGAGGAAGAUGGAGAAGAAGAAGGAGAGGAGGAGGGUGAAGAUGGAGGAGAGGAAGCAGAGGAGGGAGAGGAAGAUGAAGACCAGGAGAAUGGUGAGGGUGAGGGAGAGGAAGAGGAGGAGGAAGAAAAAGAGGAGGAAGAGGAAAAGCCAAAGAAAAAAGAGGAGAAGGGAAAUGAGAAGGAGAAAGAGAAGGAGAGCUCCACCGGGAAGACCAGCAAGAGCUAAACCACCUGCAUCAUCAUCAUCACUAUCUUCAUCAGAAACUCAUCCCACCAAUCAUCGACAGUUCUGGUUCCUGUUCACGUCACCCAUGUGUCUCACACACACUCUAACACACAUCUGCACACUCCAGAUGCAUCACCCCUGUUUUUUUUUUGUCUCUGCAAAUCAGAUUACUCAAAGUUUUCUUAGACAAGGAACUCCAGACAGGAACAGACACAGCAGCGGAGGAACGUUUCGGAACUCUGUCAUCUUGUCUGUACAUGUAAAAGAUGCAGAGGGGGAACGUAAGCACGGUGCCACAAAGUAUAAUGAGCCUCGAGUUAUGAUGAAGCUAAGUUGAAUGAUUCUUUCUCACCCUGAGCAAAUGUGCCAUCAGUGAUUGACAUUCUCAGCAAGAGCAAUCCAAACCCAGAAAGUUACAAUUCUGUCAGCACACGGACUUCCAAACAAACGCACAGAACCUGGAGCAUGAGAAACGGCCAGACCAACUUUUACGGUGCUAUUUGAUUUUUACAUAUAAAAGUUGGGCAUCCCUGCAAGUUGAAUGUUUUAUCGCAAAGCAAAGACACACUAGCUUAAGUAGCCAGAAAGAAAACUGUCCACCACCCUGUUUUGCACAGCAGGUGAAUGCCUCCUCUGCUUUGCAUUUUGCUCUGUUUAUUUUGACACUUCCUCCCCUUUUAUGCAACCCUGCAACACAAACAAUGACAAAAAGAUUCUGGAAAGAUGGAGAAACGUGGCUUAGUGAAUGAAAACUGUCGAGCUGAAAUUGCUGCUAUGUGUAAUUUUGGGCUUAUUAUCAACCCUUUCCUUUGAUUCAUUUGUCAAAGAAUUUUUCUUUCAUUUUAGAACCUUUUCAGCUUUUUUUUAAAUCCCGUAUUUAGUCAUGAUGGCCUUUUUUUAAAUUUCGUUUAAAACAAGAAAGUAGGUAAUAAUGAACUCUAUUGUAAGCAUUUCCAAGUUUCUGGACAUACGGCGGGUUCUGAAUUAUUAUGCAAAUUAUAUUUUUCUAUAUUUUUUUAAAUACUCCAUGCAAAUGACAUUCAACAUAGUUUUGAAGUCACUAACAAUUAGAGUAUCUAUUACUGUAUCUGUCAGGGCCUCCUAAAGAUAACAGUACUUUAAAAAAAAACAACCUUCAAAUGUACUGGUCCACAUUAGUACCCAGAACAGAGUUUCACAAUAUUUGAUAGAUUCUAAAGACCUGAAAAUGGUCAUUUGUUGAAUUUGCGGCAUUAGGAGGUCAUAUUUACUGAAAACAUAAGCUAUUCCAAUCAAAAACAUUGUAAUAGGUCAAGUUACAUUUUAAAAAAGGACCCCUUAUUUUGUUGAAGCUUCAGAAUUCUUUCAUCCAUUGAACUUGUGAGUUUUUGGAGUUUUUUUUUAUUUGCAGGAAGUCAGAAUAGCCUCCCAGAGCUGCUCUUUGGAUGUAAUCUGCCUACCACCCUCAUAGAUAUUUUGCUUGAGGAUGCUCCGGUUCUCAAUGAGGUUGAGGUCAGUCGAGGAUGGGGGCCACACCAUCAGUUUAUCUCCUUUUAUGCCCGUAGCAGCCAAUGAUGCAGCGGUUUUCCUUGCAGCAUGAGAUGGUGCAUUGUCAUGCAUGAAGAACAUUUUCUUACAGAACACAACGUUCUUUUUGUACCACGGAAGAAAGUGGUCAGUCAGAAAUUCCACAUACUUUUCAGACGUCAUUUUGUGAAGUAUCCAAAGUAUUUCAUACCGUGUCCAAGGCAUUGAACUAGUUCAUGCUCUUCAGCAGCAGAGAUAUCUUUUUUUUUCCUUUCCUAUAUUAGUUGAAAACGUGGAGUGUCCUUCUUUAGUAGUUUUUUCUUAAAUUGAACUCACCUGGCAAACUAAUCAUCACAGGUGUCUGAGAUUGAUCUGAUUGAUCCAAAGAGCUUCGAGACACAAUAUCAUUCAUACGUUUAUUUGAAAAACAAAGAAUGUUAUCUUAAAUAUACUUUGCAUAGUAAUUUGGAACACUGUAAACGGUGAAGGGUAACAUAAGGGCUGUUUAAGGACAUAUUUACUCUUUUGCCCUGAAGAGUCUCAUUUCCUCCUGGUGCUUCACUCAUCACUCCCUUUGGCCUUGGAGUUUUGACCAAUGAAUCAAACAAUGGAGAAGAAUGCAUGGCCUGAUACCUGAAGCUUGAAUAUUUGCUGGAUGGGAUAGAUUUGUGCUUGCUGUGUGUUCAAAAGAGAAAAUGUAAAAAAAAAAAAAAAAAAAAAAAAAAAAAAAACUUGCCUUAAUUAUGAAUGAAAAAAAAAACAUGUUUCCAUCCGCUACCCACUUGUUCCGGAGAGACAGAGGAGAACCGCCACUUUCCACAUUUUUCUGCUUUAAAGCUGUGACUUUAUGUGCUGCUGUCUCAUGCAGUGAUGUUCCUCUCAAAGCCAAAUAAAUACAUUUAUUAACCAAA